UCCGGUUAUCAAUAUGGAGUUCGUUUAACACGUGCUUGUGUUUAUAUUUCGUUCGUAUAAAGGAAAGAUGCAAGUCUCCAACCCAAAUAAUGUUAAGAUCUACAACUUAAGUGCUGGAAAAUCUCUCCCUGAAUGGUUGUCAGACAGGAAGAAAAGAAAGCUACGGAAAAGUGAUGUUGAUAUUCAAAGAAGGAUAGAACUUAUUCAAGACUUUGAGAUGCCAGCAGUGAGUCGAUGUGUCCAGGUGUCUAGAGAUGGACAGUACAUACUGACCACAGGUACUUACAAGCCUCGAGUACGAUGUUAUGACGUCCACCAAUUGUCCCUCAAGUUUGAGCGAGGGCUAGAUGCUGAAGUCCUCAAGUUCUUGGUUCUCUCGGAGGACUACACAAAGGUGCUGUUCCUGGAGGAUGAGAGAUACGUGGAGUUCCACACACAGUUUGGUCGUCACUACCGAACCCGGAUUCCCAAGUAUGGCCGCGACCUGGCAUACCACUACCCCAGUUGUGAUGUCUACUUUGUGGGUGUGAGCCCUGAAAUCUACCGAUUGAACCUGGAACAUGGCCGCUUUCUGUCUCCCCUGGUCACCAGCGCUACAGAAAUAAACUGCUGUGAAUUCAACCCUAUGCACCAGCUGUUUGCCUGUGGAACAAAAGAGGGCCAUGUUGAAUGCUGGGACCCAAGGUCAAGGACUCGAGCAGGCAUCCUUGACACUGCACUCAGCACCCAUGUUGAAGACUUGGAUGUGAGUGUCGUUCCAUCCGUGACAGCACUUAAGUACCGAGAUGGACUCAACCUGGCUGUGGGCACCAGUACUGGACAUGUUCUCAUGUAUGACAUUCGCUGGGACAAGCCAGUUUUGGUGAAGGAUCACAUGUAUGAACUUCCCAUCAAGGACAUCGAGUUCCAGCAGAGCCAGGACCUCGUCCUUUCCAUGGACACCAAGAUACUCAAACUAUGGGACCGUCAGACGGGUAAACCAUUCACAGCCAUCGAGCCUGGAACAGACCUAAAUGACUUUUGCCAGGUUCCUGAUUCAGGGCUGUUGUUCAUGGCAAAUGAAGCUCCCAAAAUAUAUUCCUUCUACAUUCCUAGUCUGGGAACCGCUCCCCGAUGGUGUUCCUUCCUAGACAACCUCACCGAGGAGUUGGAGGAGAGCUCCACCCCAGCAGUGUAUGAUGACUACAAGUUUGUCACCCGUCUUGAGCUGGAAGAGCUUGGCCUGGGACAUCUUGUCGGAUCGAAUCUUCUGCGGGCCUAUAUGCAUGGCUUCUUUAUGGAUGUGAGACUGUACCACAAGGCCAAAGCCAUAGCCGAGCCGUUUGCCUACCAGACCUACAGGAAGAGCAAGAUCCGAGAAAAGAUUGAUGAGGAAAGAACAAACAGGGUCAAGUUGAAGAAGCUGCCCAAGGUGAACCGUGACUUGGCCGAGAAACUGAUUGCUGAAGCCGAGGACACUGCUGUGGACAGGAGAAAGAAGAAGCGACCAACAGAGAGCCUUCUGGAGGACAAGCGAUUCUCUGCUAUCUUCAGCAACCCUGACUUCCAUAUCGACCAAUCCAGCGAAGAGUUCCGACUUCUCAACCCUGUUCUGUCGAAACGCGUGAACGCAGCAAGAAAACAGAGGUCACAGAAUCAUUCACGGAGGUUGAGGUAUGUGGAGAUGGAGGGGAGAGGCAGUGACGAGGAGAGCAGCAGCUCGGAUGAUGAGCGCACAUGGACACAGGAAGUCAAGGAGCAACAUCGCAAGCUGCAGCGUGAGAAGCGACUACAAGAACGACGGGAGAUGCAGGAAGCGCAUAUCAAACCUAAAUUCUACGAGAUGAAGGAGGCUGAGGAAAUGAAGUCUGUCCACGAUAGGCAGAGGAGGAAAGAGAUGAAGAUGAGUCUGUCUGAUCGUCUGGCCACCGAGGACAGCAUCAAAGUCUCAGAUGGAGGCUCCAUUGGAAACAAAGAGAUGACCUUCACCUUCAAGAAGAGUGCCCACCAGAAGAAAAAAGAGAUGCUCCAGCAAGAACAUCAGACAGAGCGGCGCCAAAUCGGUCGCUCAGCUAAGGAAAUUUCCAGGAAGAUAAGAACAAAACCCAAAUUCUGGAUGGGGAAGCGUGUUGGCUGAUGUGAAAAAAAAGGCAAUGUUGAAAAAACAGAAUCAGAACACCAGAAUCAGGGAACAACUUAUAGAAUUCAUUACACUAAAGCAAGUUGCCAUCUCACUUGACACUUCAUGGAGGGUUGCAGACUUCCAUCAUCACGUCAUGAGGCGUCAGUGGACACUGCCGAGUACCCCACAUUGUGGACGAUUCUCAUGUACAUUCUGAGACUUGUAUCUCAUUAAGAAAACCUGCUACAAUUGUACAUUGUCCUCCCGUCAAUGUGGAAUUGUUGACUGUUAAUUAAUUUUGUAGGAAGACUCCCAAAUGCUGUAGUACACAGUAUUAAGUGUCUAUUGUUCUAAUGUAAAUAUGGUAGGUAAAACAAUGAUGGAGACUGUUCUUUGCAAAUGAAAUGUGGACAAGUGUCUCAAAGUACAUUUGUUCAUGGGCUUCACCCUGCAGGGCUUUGAUUUGUAAAUACAUGUAUUGUAAAUAGUG